AUGGCAUUCUAUUUACCACGAGAAUGUUUGGAGGAGAUAUUCCAAAUUUUAGAAUAUGAUAAGUCCACAUUAUAUUCUUGCCUUUUGGUAAAUAGAUUUUGGUGUAGUAGCGUAGUCAAAUUCCUAUGGAAACAGCCUUUUCAACUAGUCAAAAGGCCAAAUCCAUCUCUCAUCGAAAUCUACACUUCCUCAUUUUCUCAUGCGACUAAAACUUACCUCUUGUCCGAGGGAGUUUACAUUUCAUCCAUUAAUGACCCUAAAAUUUUCGAUUAUCCGUCUUUCAUCCGUGGAUUUAGAUUUGAGGAUUUAUACGAGUCAACAUCGUUGUGGUUACAAGAAGGAUACGAAAAAGGACGACAAAUUAGACGUGACCCCGAAGUAAUCGACGAAAAAAGAUACGAUACCAUAGUAUUCGAUGAUUUACGUAUUGUGAAAUUAGUGGUCAACGAACUUGUUAAACUCUUCUUUUCGAAAAUUCGAGUGCUCGACUUUCUUUCAUUGAAUACUCAAAGGUUAGUCGGAUUAAUUGAUAGGAGAUUUUGGACACACCAUCCUGGAGACAUUCAAUACACCCCGACGAGUUUUGAGGAAUUUCGUAGUUCUUAUGGUUUUGACGAUUUAUUAAAUAUUCCGAGUUAUCCUGGAGCGAUUGAUUGCCUAAGGUAUUUACAAAAAUUUGAAUACGGAGGUGGUUCGACUGAUGGAAGGAUUAUGCAAGUUCUCUCGGAGAUAUCCAAGAACCUCAAUACUUUGGAGAUCAAUUUUUCAUCGUGGCAAGGAAAGCACCCAGAUCCACAAAUGAUGUUAAGCCUCUUAAAAGCUCAACAUCUGUUACGUCGCGUAAUCUUGCGAAGAGGUACAUCAAACUGUUUAAACGCGUUAAUCGAAGGAUUACAUUCUCAGAUCAGCUCAUUAAAUUAUUUGGAAUUUAGUGGAACCGAUUUUAGAGGACAUGUUUACUUGACGCCGGUGGCAUCUUGCGUGAAUUUACAGGUUUUGGUGUUUGAUAGAUGCUUGGGGUUAAAUGAUGAUACCGUUGAACCUUUGGCUUUUGCUACCUUUAAAAAGUUGAAGAAAUUUGUGUUUAGAAAGAGCGUUGGAUUCAGAGAUAUGAGAUCAAAUCAAAUGCUUCCCCCAUCAGUUGUACACAUUAUUGGAAAUCAUAAUACAGGUAAUACAAUAAGGACCACUUUAAUAAGAAAUGUUUCAAUGGGAAAUCAUUCAAUAGGGAACCUUUCAAUGAGAAAUCCUUCUACAGGAAAUUCAUCUACUUCAUCUACUAAUAAUUGCACCCCCAGCUCACUUAAUCAUCCUUUGUCGAGAAUGAUACAAAAUACUUGUGGUUCAUUAAAAGAUAUUAGGCUGGGAAGAAAAGUAUGGAAUGUGAGACGACCUCCGGGAUCAAUAGCUAGAGGGUCUGGUGAUUUUCCACCUUCAUCUGUUCUCUUAACAAUUUCUGUAACGUGUCCAUAUUUAAAUCUGAUUGAAACUCAUAUUAGCAGAGACAUCCUUCCCCACUUUCUAUCACUUUUAGAAACUUGUCAAUUUCUUCAACAACUUCACAUAUCAAUCGGAACGGAAUUGAUGGAUGAUGAACAAUUCUGGAGAGAAUUAUCUCGAAAACUUCCACAAAGGUUAAAGAAUUUGAUGAUUGUGAUUGAAGGAACGUUUUGGUUGAUGGUAGUGCAUUGGUUACUUGAAAAUUGCAAAGCUCCAUUAGAAAUUUUACAAUUUCCGAGAAGUGGGUGUAUUGAUGAUGAAUACCUUUCUUUGAUUACGCAGUAUGCAAGUAGAUUAAAAACUUUAAAAAGAUUGGCUUUAGCCAAAAGGACUAAAGUGACGAGUGAAGGAUUAAGAAAGGCGUUGGUUGUCUUUGAUGAUAUAAGUAGGAAUGGAGAAUUAUCUCUAGACUGA